AAUCUGAUAAAUCUGAUAAAUCUGAUAAAUGAUAUUGUAGGAAUGUAUUGAUGUGAAGUCAUUUCCAUGCAGCCUUAUUGGGCUGAUCGCGCGAGACGCUCAAACCAAACUCUAUUCAAAAAUCAGACACUGUUCAGUUUUCUGAUCAGUGGCUUCCUUGAUGAGAACGUGGCACAUGAAUAAUCCAGCAGCUGUGUCUCUGAUCUGUCUGUCCAAUCGGAGUCCACCUCUGACGCCAGCUGCUGAAUAUGAAUCCUCCGCUGGUCCAAUGAGGGUCCUCCGGGACUCGGACUGAUCCGGUCGGUGCUGCUUCUCCUCCCGCAGAAUAAAACUUGUGUGGAGGUUUUCUAACGUCUCAUGACCGACCGUCAGAGCGGGACUGCUGGCACCGAGGCCGCCGCCUCACCGGGGGAUCUUUAUUGGACUGAGACCGGGAUUAAUGAAUGUGAUCGUGGAUCGGGUUUUGGUUUGAGACAGAGACUCCUGCUGAUGGACAGACUGACAGCGCAGCCCGGAGACUCACAGAGCUGAAGGAGAUGAUGGAGAGACGGAUGUGUGGAGUCCGCCACAUGUGCACUGUGACCCUGCUGCUGGUCUCCGUGUGUCCGUUCUGCUGCAGAGCCAGCUGGAUGUGGCUCGGUGUGACCUCGGCAGUCGUGCCGGAGAAGCUGGGCUGCGCUAACCUGCCACUGAGCCAGAGACAGCGGGAGCUGUGCCGGAAGAAGCCGUUCCUGCUGCCCAGCAUCCAGGACGGAGCCCGGCUGGCCAUCACCGAGUGUCAGAGUCAGUUCAGACAUGAGAGGUGGAACUGCUCCACCACCGACGACCCGUCCGUGUUCGGAUACGAGUUAACGAGCGGAACCAAAGAAACAGCGUUUAUCCACGCGGUGAUGGCCGCGGGGCUGGUCCACGCCGUCACGCGCUCCUGCAGCCAGGGCAACAUGACGGAGUGCGGCUGCGACGCGCGGCUGCAGGGCGGCAGCUCGGCGGCCGAGGGCUGGCACUGGGGCGGCUGCUCGGACCACAUCCAGUACGGGACGUGGUUCAGCCGCAGGUUCAUCGACAACACCGUCAAAAACACGUCGACGAGCGAGGGAGGAUACACGCUGAUCACCAUAAACCAGCACAACACCGAGGCCGGGAGACAGGCUGUUGACAGGACCAUGUCCACAGACUGCCGCUGUCAUGGUGUUUCUGGUUCCUGUGCGGUGAAGACGUGUUGGAGGACGAUGGCGGCAUUCGAGCGUGUCGGCAUUUACCUGAAGGAGCGAUACGAGCGCAGCGUUCAGGUGUGGGACCGCUCCAGGAGGAAGCCGAGGAGGAAGGACCAGCGCCGCCUCCCUGUUGACAAACACCAGCUCAUCUUCUUCAACAAGUCUCCCAACUACUGCCUGCAGGACCGGCGGCGGGGCGUCGCCGGCACCAGAGGACGCCGGUGCAACCGGACGUCCUCCGGGCCAGACGGCUGCAACCUGCUGUGCUGCGGCCGAGGAUACAACACACACGUGGUCAGACACGUGCAACGCUGCGAGUGCAAGUUCGUGUGGUGCUGCUACGUCCGCUGCAGGCGCUGCGAGAGCAUGACCGACAUGCACACCUGUAAAUGAAGGACGCAUCUCACCUGAGCGUCACAGGUGAGCUGCAAACAGCUGCUUGAUUCAGAUCCGAACUGGGUUUGUGGACUGCGACUGAGCUACAGUUCUAUUUUAGUUUAUGUGAAACCAGUUUAAAGAGAAUCUGGAUCCUGUUCAGACUGGUCCUGGGUCAGAACAGAGCGAAAUAAGCGACAGUUCACAUGAAUGAAUGACUCGUUCAGGAAAAACAAACAUCUUCCUGAUAAAUGAACUGAUGAAAGAAAAUAUUCUGUGAUUCAUUUUUGGCAGUAAACGUUUAUUUAUGUGUAAAUAAUGUUGAUGUUUCCACUUUUCAGUUUCUGUUCUGAUAAAUAAUCAAUUAAAUCAA